AUGAUGCCCACCAGCUGGCCGGCGCCGCCACCCGGCGUCUCCUACGGGGCACCUCCUGCCAACUAUGCCUAUCCUCCCAAUCCAGCAUACACCGCAGUCCAGGCUCGCCAGAGCUUCGGCCAGUAUCCUCCUCCUCCCCCGCCCACCGCCCCUGUCUACAGUCCGCCACACCAGCCCAUCGUAGCCUACGAGCAAAGUGCUCAGGUUCCUCCUCCCCAGCCUCAGCGCAAGGUGGAAUGGCCACCAUCUGUCCGCGAAUAUGUCCAAAAGUCUUUCUUGCCUUCCAAUAUGGAUCCCUCCGUGUCUCGCUCCGAGAUUGAAGCCAAGUUGAAGGAGACCAUCUCCCAUCACAUGGAAAACGGCACUCUUGAGUCUACCGACUGGGAGAAAUUGCCAUGUCCCGCCGCCUUGAUUAAGAACGAACGCCAAGUACAGCUAAACUCCACCCCGAGUGCUGCCUUUUCCUUUGAAACGAGAUAUGAUAGCCCUUCCGCCAAUCCGAAGAAGCGAAAGUCCAAUGAGUUUACUGUGGAUGAAAAGUCUUCUACUGUGCCUUGGCGCUCUACUAACAGCAACCGAUCCAAUGCCCUGGAAGACCGUAUCACCUUCGCCUCCCCCGACAAACGCGCCAGCUUCGACGAACCUCUGCCUAAGUCAAGUAAGUUUCAGAAGCAGAUGGAGAAGCGACAACGCCGUUUUGAUGGCGGAUACAAGUCGUCCUACCGGUCACCCAGCCCUCCUCCCUCAGAUGGUCCCGUCGUUGGUACCAGUGAGACGUUGGAGAAGCGGUAUUUGCGCUUGACAGCUCCUCCCGUUCCUUCCCAGGUCCGGCCGGAGCGCGUUUUGCACAAGACCAUGGAUCUCUUGAAGAAGAAGUGGAAGAAGGAGGGCAAUUAUUCUUACAUCUGCGACCAGCUGAAGUCCAUGCGUCAAGACCUGACAGUGCAACGGAUCAAGAACGACUUUACAGUGUCCGUAUACGAACUCCACGCUCGCAUUGCCUUGGAGAAGGGGGACCUUGGUGAGUAUAAUCAGUGUCAAACCCAGUUGCGUACUUUGUACGCAAAGGGACUGAAAGGGAACCCCAUCGAAUUUAAGGCAUACCGCAUUUUGUAUUUUAUCCACACCGCCAACCGUUCCGGUCUUAAUGAUGCGUUGGCAGAUCUAACCACAGCAGAGAAGGAGGAGCGGCCUAUCAAGCAUGCAUUGCAGGUGCGGUCCGCUCUUGCCUUGGGAAACUACCAUAAAUUCUUCCAGCUUUACCUGGACACCCCCAACAUGGGUGCAUACCUCAUGGAUAUGUUCGUUGUCCGUGAGCGUCUCGCUGCUUUGUGCAACAUUUGCAAAGCAUACAAGCCCGACGUAAAGUUACGGUUCAUCACUGAGGAACUCGGUUUCGAGUCCGACGUUGAUGCGGCUCAGUUCGUUGUCGAUUACAAUGGUCAGCACCUGCUCGAAGAACGACAGGAUUAUAUUGCUCUCUUGACCGGCAAAGCUGGUCCGCUGUUCGAAUCUGCGAGAACGGAGGCUUUCCGCAAGGUUGACAUCAAAGGCCAGAUUUGA